UUUUUACAUAUAUUUGAAUUGUAAAGACGAGAUACAAUUAAAUUCAUUUAUUUGAUUUUAUUAUUAAUUUGUGCACGAAUGAAUUAUCCUAUAGUGUCUCCCUUAAAACUUAUAAAAAUCUCCUUUUUUUUAACCUUCUAAAUAUUUUCCUUUAAUGAUUAAAAUUUUCCUUUAUAAACAAUACAAUUAAGUAUAUAGACUAUUGCGUUAUAGUUGUUUGAGUGGGGAAGACGUAAUAAAAGCGUCAAUAAGUCGGGGAUCAGUUGCAUUCGGAUAGUGACGUUAAAAUAGAAUUGUUUUGCUAUUUUGUUGUUAUUAUUACUCAGUGCUAUGAUAUUUGUAAGUGUUGCGUUAAUUAUUUCGGCGUGUGUUGUAAGCUACUUCGUUUGGAAUUACUAUUGUCGAUUAGGCUUCGUUGAAAAAGAAUUUCUGCCAGGUCCAAGACAACAUUUUAGAAACUUCCUUCGUGGAACUCCUGACGAGUUAUUGGAUAUUAUCAAUUUGCUGGGAAAACACUAUCCAUCCCCAUUUCAAGUAUGGAUGAAUUAUAUACCAUUCGUUGUAAUAUACGAACCAAACCAAGUAAAGACUAUCUUACAAAGUCGACAUUGCUUAGACAAAAAUUUAUUGUAUAAAUUUACCCAUUCAAUAUUCGGCAUGGGAUUAUUAACAGUUCCCGCAUCUGAAUCGGUUCAAAAUCGAAAAAUGAUAGCUUCAAGCUUUAGUCCGAUCAUAUUUCAAGAAUUUUUUGAUACAUUCGUAGAACAAUCUUUAUUACUGGCCAACAAAUUAGAAAAAGUGGGAUUAAAUGGAAACAAAAUUACCUUCAUUGAAUUUAUCGCAAACUGUGCUAUGGACAUUGCAUGUGACACAAUGGGUAUCAAAAUAGAAUCAGAUAAAAAGGAUCAAUAUAUAAAAGCAAUUAUGAGAUUUAGAAAAAUUUUGAAAUACAGGAUGUAUUCUACAUGGAUACUGAAUGAUUUCUUGUUUUACGAUUGUAUAUUUAAUUGGACAACUUUAGGACGCAAACAGCAAAAGAUUUUAAAGUUAAUAAAUUCUCUCACUAAUGAGAUAAUUCAGCAGUACGAAACAAGUAAAUUACGUACAAGACAAAAACUAACUGAGGCAAAAACUAAUACAAGUUAUAAAACGUUUUUUGAUAAUCUGAUGGAAACAUUUCGUAAAAAUAAUUUUACGGAAAAAAUAAUUCGUGAUAAUGUAAUUACGCUUAUGGUAACGGCUAGUGGUAAAAUCAGCAUUACUCUAGAUUUUGUUAUCUUUAUGUUAGCAAAUUUCCCAGAAAUACAAGAUAAAGUAUAUAAAGAAUUAUCGGAAAUUUAUGGUACGGAAAUGCCAACGUCUGCACCAAUUAAAUAUGAUGAUAUACAACACAUGCAUUAUUUGGAUCGAGUAAUUAAGGAAACGAUGAGACUUUUUCCUGCAAUUCCUAUAACAGGCCGACAAUUAACCAAAGAUAUGAAGAUAGGUAAAUCGAUUUUACCAAAAAAUAGUAAUAUUAUCAUAUCAUUUAUACGAAUGAACCGAAAUGAAGAAUACUGGCCAAACCCUUUAAAAUUUGACCCUGAUAGAUUUCUUCCAGAAAGAAUAAAGAAUCAUCACUCGUAUUACCAUAUCCCUUUUAGUGACGGACCAAGGAAUUGUAUAGGUGCGAAAUACGCGAUGAUUUCUAUGAAAGUCAUUCUAGCUACUUUGGUACGAACAUUUGUAUUCAAAGUAGAUGAAAGCAUAGAGAUAAAUAAGAUAAAGUUACAGACAGACAUAAUAUUAUCUACCACUGAGCCGUUAAAAGUCAGAAUUGAGAAACGAGGUCUUUAAUAAAAACUAUGUUAUAUAUAAAACAAAAUAUCUGUAUGUAACAGAUGUAAUGUCCGAAUUAAAUAAUAAAGAUAUGAUGAUUGAACAUACAUUUCCGGUAAAA